ACUCACACGUUGACUAUUGACAGUGAACACGUUAUGCUGUCGACAAUUGGAUGAUCUUAACAUACAUUGUACAUGUAACACUGAAAAAGACCAACAUACCGAGAGCUUUACCUAGACCAGAUCCUUUGACCGAAGACAUCACACGGAAAACAUGUACUCGGACAAGGAUAGUGUAUUAAGCGGUGUGUUUGUCUCCAGAUGAGUACACAUUUUGUCUGUGGAUAUGUAUAUUUCUACCUAAGACGCACCAGAGUCAUCACUCGUUCCUAAGCGAUAAUGGGAGAACUAGUACGAAGGCUUGAUUACGAACGACGAUCGAGUCACUUGUUUAAAAAAGAUCCUAAAACUCGAUUUUUGACAAAAGAGUUCAGUCAACCUGUUAAGUCUGCUAACGCCCUUGUUCAGAGGUCAAAGGUGAAAACGCUAGCAAAUUUGAGAGAGGAGAUAAAAUUCUUCGGGAUAAAACACGAUCAGGAGAAAGUGAGUUUGGAAAUUUUCCGUAAAGGACUUGGUCUGAAAUCUGUCAAUUUUGAAGAGUCUCAUUUUCAGCAGACGAGAUGCAGAUCGUCAAUGGUAGUGAAAAACUCAUAUGAGUUGAGUGCUGACCGAAUAUUACGUACAGUUCCGAGCAACUAUGUCCUUGAUUUCGGACCUGGCAACAGGCCAAUAUACACUACUAAUGACCCUAAAAAGAUUCGGCGUACCCUAUCCGCAUCGGAAAGUCGAACUUCAAAACCAGAACAACGGCCAUCGUACAGAUCAAAGUCAGCUUUCUCACGACAGUCGCCACAAAGUACAGGAAACACGUCUUUGGUAUUGCGCAGCAAAAGUGUUGGGGCUGAUAGACUAUCGCAAACAGCCCCUAAACAGGGAUACCCGUUUGUCAAAACGGAUUUACCAGGCACUAUAAAUCAACAGACGGCAACUAGAACACAGAAAAUGGGCCAACUAAAGAGACGUUCAUCCUCAUUAUCAGAUUCCGACGACGAAAGUGUUUUUGAAGAAGAAAAGGCUGACGAGAUACUUGAAAAUGAGAGCGAACAAUUGAAUAGCAAUCAAAAGUCAUAUCGUCUUCUCCGUGAAGAAUAUUCAAUCAAGUCAAAAAUUCUUCCCGACACACAUAAAGAGAAUUUAAAACGUCUGAAAAACAUCGAGCUAUCACAUCUCCAUGCUCUGGGCGAGCGUGUGCAUAAAUUCACAGCAGGCAUUCAUGCACUAGCGUCUAAGCGGAAGUAUGUGUCGACAACCAUUUCGCCUGUACAUCUGUGAUGACGGUUACUGGCAACCUAUUUGACAAUGACUCUAUGGACCUAGACCAUUGUUUUCUACCUGUUGGUCUUUUAAUUGUUAAGAACACUAUGGACCAUGCUUAUUGCUUGCUACCUGUUGGUCUCAUAUUUGUCGAGAAGCCUACGGACCGAGGUUACUGGUCUCCUUCCUGUUUGACAAGAAAACCAUGGACCCAGCUCAUUGAAAUAUAACACGCGUUAUUGUUACCUGUUCUCCUAGUCGACAAGAGCUCUAUAGACCUUGAUCAUUGUAUAUAACACACAUGUCUUAUUUAUUUAUUUAACAUUGGCACAUCAAACAAUGGUAAGUCCGGACGAGGAUUUAAUCCUGGUAACUGCAGGUAAUUCGUGUCUACGAUACGGUAAAGAGUAGGGACAACAUUACCUAUCACAUUUACUAGCUAUGGGUUUAAUUUAUACACACCUUUUGUCAAUUUACAGUACACGACCAAUGCGAUUUGUGUAUAUAUUUAAUUUAUAGUGCUGAAAUCACGUCACUCGAGGCUUAAUUUCAUACUGUAUAUAAAGCUGAUUGUUUUAUGGAGAGUUUUAAAUUAUUUUGUUAUCAGUAAUUGCAUAAUAAAUCAUACGCUACCUAUGUCAUUCCAUUCCUGAUUCUUCAGCAUGCACAUUAGACACCAGUGUAUCGAGUGUAUCUCCUGAGAUGUUCCUGACUCGAGGUAACUAUGCCUUGUUUUUAUUUCUUGAUGUUUCCUGGACAAUGUAGCUAGCUAUGUUGUGAGGACAUUUAAUCGCCAAAACAAAAGAUGAUUCUUGAAAAUAAUACAUCUCUCACAUACGUUUCCA